UGUCCGUGUGCGGCAGCGACCAGCACAAGGCCCAGUGUCUGACUGACCACACACACUGCAGCCAUGAAGGCGGUGCUGGCCAUUCUGGUGGCCACGGCCGCUUUGGCAGCGGCGUCUCGCUUCGGAACGCCGUAUGGGCGAGCCGUUUCUCCAGACGCGCAGCAGGAGUGCUGCCAGGACGGGGUGCCGGUGUGCUCGCAGCUGAGCCGGCGGCUGGGGAUCCCCGACCUGGGCUGCGAGCUGCUGUGCCGCGCCCAGGGCCACCCCGGCUCGCUGGGCUGCAGCUACCGGCCGGCCGUGCCCGCCUGCGGCUGCCGCAACGACGCCGCCCUCUCCACGGCGCCGCCUCCACAGGAGAAGGCCGACUACUCAGCGCAGCCGGAGCUGCGCAUGCUCGGCGGCAGAGUACCAGACCUUAGAACUCUGCCGCGUACGAGAUUCUAAUAAGGGACGUCAUCUUGUACCUGGCAGCAUAUACGUCGUCAAAUGACAAAACUUAUUUCAUACGGUUUCAGCUCAGUAGAUGAGACAUUCAGCACCUGUUAGUUUUGACUAAUGAGAAAAAAUGUUGCUACAUCUUUAUGUGUCAUACUCAACUAAAUGAGAUGAACCUGCUUUAACAUCCCACCCCAGUACUACAUAUGUCUUCAAAAACCGUUCACCUUCCUUUAAUAGCUACAGAUUGGUAAUCGAUUAUCUGGUACUGGUGUUAAUUAAAAAUCUGUCCAUUUUA